UUUUCUGUUUUAUUCACUUAAUAUGAGGAUCCUUUAUCAAUGAUCCGAACAUAUAGUAAAAGAGAUCAGAAUGUCAAAUGUCCAGCUGUAAAUUUGAACACAUUUCACUGCAGAAAGAAUCUCAGUAGCGACUGUGUCAGAUUUAAGCUUAGCAGCACUGUUCUAAUUCUGUUGCUAUUGAAAAUGCUGUGUCCUAUCCUCCCUCGUCUGCUGGUAGCUCGGGUAACCUUAAAGGAAUGCAGAAGAUGAUGCCAGAUUUAUUUUGGGCUGAGAUUCAGAUGUUAAAAUAGCAAAAAAUGUUACAGGGUAGAUUACUAAAGAGAACGCAGACAGUUGUGCUGUUGACCCACAUGUAGCUCUUUACAGAGAGACCUUGACAAUCAACGUUUCCAGCCAAGGCAAGUGUCUGCUAACAAUGUGUUGUUACAGAUUUGUUGUAAAUAGAAGUCCAUGUUGGAAAAUACUGAUUAGACUUUACAAUGUAUGGAUUUCAAGUACGUAGACCUUUGUUUGCAGGGUAAACAUGUUUAUAAAGCACUUUAAUAAAUGAGGAUGUACUGUGACGAUACUGCAUUGCCUUAUGGAUUACCUCACUUUCUUCUUUUAUUAAUUUGCUCACAAAUCUAAGGCUUAAGAGGGAAGUGUAAUCUAUUAAACCACCAAGAAGAAGCCUGGAGGAGGAAAAAAAAGCAAUUUUUAUUUGUCCUCCAUAUUAACCGCAGGCACUUUCCCAUACAUAGUGUCUUUAAUUACACAGAAGUAGAGCAAGAAGGACAGGUUAGCCUAAGGGGGGAGGUUAUGAAAGCAGCGCUGCAGCUCAACAUGUGCACCAGGGAAAUCAGUUCUCUGCCCCGACUGUGGGAGGAAGGGAAGGGUUGUACUUAUAGAUCAAUGAGGAGAAAGAAGAGCUUCCAGGUACACCGGGCACAUGUACUUUUGCAAAGACACAAAUUUUACUCUGCCUUCAAGAUUUACACCCACCCACUCAUAUGCAUGUUUGAGUAUGUGCUUGGUGAGAUGCAGCUUUUCUUGCAUACACUGACACACAUUUAACAUGCACAUGCAGAAGGAGCCAUCGUGAUGUUUGAGUGUACCUCCAUAUGUCCUGGCAGCUUAACAAAAGGUUGUAAAAACAGAAGGACAGCAUCCAGACAUGCCCAGAGGCCUCAGCUGCUUGGCGAGCCCUGAGGGGGAAGGUGGCAGGUAUGAGACCCCCCCGGCUUCAGAGCUUCAGAGGCUAACGUGGACAAAGAAAGGGACCAGCAACCAUCUGGAUAUGGUUCAUUCCAGGAUCUACAUUGGAGACAUGUAUGCAGCCAAAGACAAGAGGACACUCCAGGCUCACCACAUCACCCAUGUACUUAACGCUGCUGAUGGGAAGUUCAACGUGAACACGGGCCCCAGCUUCUACCGAGACACACAAAUCACUUAUUAUGGAGUGGAAGCUUUUGACAUGCCAUCCUUUAACUUGAGUCCCUUCUUUUACCCAGCAGCUAAUUUUAUCAAGGACGCUUUGAGCUCGCCCACAGGUAAAGUGUUUGUCCACUGUGCGAUGGGUCUCAGCCGCUCAUCCACCUUGGUUCUGGCCUACUUGAUGAUCUACGAGAACAUGACACUCGUGGACGCCAUCAAAGCCGUCAGCGCCAACAGGAACAUCUCACCUAACAAUGGUUUCCUGGAGCAGCUGAGAGAGCUGGACACAAAGCUGCACUACCAGGGAUCAUCCAGGUGCUAGAGUACCAACAGGCGGACUUGAGAUCAAAUCCAUCCGUUGAAGAAUUUGGAUUAUAUUCUUGAGUUUGUAAUAGAUAUUCUUGCGAAGACGCAAAUGUAAAAACAUGCUCUUAUUGUCCUUCCUUCGUAGACAAAUUCCAUUUUUUUAGAAGAAAUGAAAGUGACUUAAAUUACGUUAAAGGCUUUUCAUUGUAAUAAACUAUGAUUUAAAGAUCAAAACCAA